GGCCUGCUUGUCCAGAGCAGCUCUUGCGCUCGCUCCCUGCAGGAGGAUCCUUGUGAUCAAGGAGUUCUCAGCAGACGACCUGCACCCCGAGAGGAGCCUUGCUUUUCCCUUGGGUGGCAUUCAGCGUGCAAACCCGCACAGCGCUGCCAAAAUGAUCGGGCAAGUCUGUGCCGCGGUUUGCACCGUCUUUUCUCUUGCCUAUUCUGCCUACUACGUGACCCAGCUGACUCGUCACCUGACACGCGGAUGGAGACGAGCCUGUCCUUUGGGCUCAACAGCAGGCUCAGUGGCUCCUCUGGCUCCCUCUGUUACUGAGGAAGAGGCUGAAGAGGAGCAGAGGAACAUCAAGCCUCCAGCUGUUGUCCCUCCACAGCCUGAACGUGCAGAGCCACUCAACACCCGCUCUGCAAUUCAGCCUGGUGCUGCCGGAGCAGCAUGGCCUGCAGCAGCCAGCUCGCCCCCCGCUGCUGGCACUUCAUCCAGCGGCGCAGCCCAGCAGCCCGAGACGAGAGAGGAGCAGGGCCCGAAGACACUGAAGAGCAUUGUGAGUGUGGGCCAGCCAAUGAGCAAAUACACGGCCUUUGAAGAACUCGGACGAGGGGGGUUUGGAGCUGUUUAUAAAGCCCUUGACACCAGCAGCGGACAACAGGUGGCCAUCAAGAUCAUGUCGCUUGGGGAGGAGAUGUCCGAGGAGCUGGCUGCCAUUGAAAUCCUGGCCAUGAGGAACAACAGGCAUCGCAAUAUUGUCACCUACUUUGACAGCUACCUGGUGGAUGCAGAGCUUUGGCUGGCCAUGGAGUUCAUGGACGGCGGCACCUUGUUUGAUGUGCUCCGGGCAGUGUACCUGGAGGAAGGACAGAUAGGCGCUGUCUGUCGGGAGUGCCUGCAAGGACUGCAUUUCCUUCAUUGCCGCCAAGUCAUCCACAGAGACAUCAAAAGCGGCAACGUUCUCGUGGGCAUGGAUGGAUCCGUCAAGUUGGCUGACUUUGGCCUCUGCGCUCAGCUCAGCCCUGAGCGCAGCAAGCGCAGCUCCCGCGUCGGCACUCCCAGCUGGAUGGCACCGGAGGUGGUGAGAGGAGAAGCCUACGGCCCCAAAGUGGACAUCUGGUCCCUGGGGAUCAUGGGGCUGGAAAUGGUGGAAGGGGAAGCUCCUUACCAGCGGGAAGCCCGUCUCAGGGUUUUUGAACUGAUAGAAAGGAACGGGCUCCCAAAACUGCAGAACCCCAAGCACCACUCGCCUCUCCUGCGCGACUUUCUCCGCUGCUGCCUGCAGGCAGACGAGGACAGGCGCUGGUCUGCCCAGGAACUCCUGCAGCAUCCCUUUGCGACCUCAGGCCAUCCUGCCUCCAGCCUGGCUGCUCUGGUCACCUCAGCCAAGCAAGUGCAGGAAGACUGGAGAGGAGACGCCUGCGCCUGAGGAGGCCCUUGUGCGCCGCCAGCUGAGAGGAGGAAGAAAGGGAUGUGUCAUCAUCAAGCAGAGUUUCAGCCAUGCCCUGAGUUUUAAGAGGAGCUGGGCUGUAGAUAGGAAAUCGAAGGCUUUUGCAAUUUGCUAGUUUAGGUGAUAGUUUAGAUUAGCUUAGGUUAGUUUAGGUGUAAGUUAUGUUUCAUUGAAAGCUCUGUUGGCUUUUUUCAAAAAUAAAAUUUUUUAUUUUAGUUAAAAUUUUCAAAAAUUUAGGACACAUAGGGAGCGACUUUGUAGGACUAUAGAAGGUAGAUAGCUUAGACAAUAAAGGAUUGAUUAGCUCAGAGAGGAAUAUUGUUAAAUUAGACAAGCUCUGAAGUAUCUUUGAAGUAGAAAUGAAAGAAUUGUCAUUAUAAAAUUAAGCUGUGAGAGGAAAAGCUGGGCUGCAGCAGAACUGGACCCUGCCGGCACUGCAAGCUGUCAGCCUGAGCAGGCCACCUG